AUGCAAGCCGAGCCAAACACCGAAACAAAACCCCGCAGCCAGCCUCGCAAACUCCGACAAACAUCAGCAAGUGUCAUUACAAUGAAUGACACCCGUGACAGCCCCUUCAUUCGUUCCAACGUUGCGAUCACUCUCUUAGUGCGUUUGUCCGUCAAGCCCAAACGCAAGCCGCUAUUCUACGUUCCAGAUUCUGUGUUCCACGUUCCAUACCGUCUUAAAACGUGGCCGCUUUCCCCAAAAGUCGGUCCGAUACGACGAAAUGUGGAACACACGAUAGCUGAAAAGGCGCAGGCAUGCAAUCCUUUUUGGGGAUUGUCUAGCUGA